AUGAUAAAUAAUAGCAAUAGCCGUUCAUUGGUAGUAUUUUUACUUGGUGCAACAAGUCCUUUAUAUACUAUUUUACUAUUUACAUCUGUACCAGCAUUCCUUGUGGCAAAAUUAGUAAGUGUAUUUGAUUUGCUAAUGGGAGGAAUGGAUAUUGAGAAGCAUAUCGAUUAUGGUACAGCAUUUAUAUCAUCAUCUAAAAUGUUUAAUCGAUUCUUUGGAUAUUUGAUAUUGCUUGGGCCAACUGCAAUUAUUAUCAUUUUUGCUUUUGUUGCAUUUUAUACCAAUGUUAUUUUAUAUAGAAUGCCACUGGGUGCAAUUAUGGAUGCAACAACAGAUUGGAUUUCGCAUACUUCACUUAGACAGACAACAAGUCCAAAACCGGCACCGAUCUCACAUCAUAUAUUCACCUCUUUUUUCAAUAUUUCUUAUCGAACUGCAUUAUAUAUCAUAUUUGUUGCUGAAAUAUUCAUUGGAAUCAUUGUAUUCUUCUUCUUUAUUGGCAAUAUAUUUUACGUUCGUCUUAUUAAUAAUACCGCGAAUGUAGCAGCAGCAGGUAAUUUCCGUACAAUAUUAUUUCUUGGUCUCUUAACAUUCCACAUUUUAUCAUUGAUUGAAUUACGCUGGACGUUAAAAAGAUGGGAUCAUUCAUCCAGAUUAACAAUGUAUAUAGCGGUUGCAACAGUAGAAAUGGCCUUCCUGAAUGGUUAUAUGUGGGUUGCAGCGGUGAAUCAUUCCUGGGGUUUAAAUUAUCAACCGUUUUUGGUGAUUCUUAUCAAUACUUUCAUUCGGGGUUCUAUGAUUGCCAUUGUGAUAGCAGUUCGUUGGAAUAUGGCGGAAAUGUCACAUCCAACUCGUACACGUGACGCUAUCGAAAUUUAUGAUGCAACCGCUGAUUUGGAUAACGACGCCGAUCAUGAGGAUGAUGUACCGACCAUUUAUGAAAUGCGGCGUGAUGUUUUCACUUGA